AUUUUUACCAUGUAACCAUCCACUGCGUGAUGCCCUUCUCUCAGUCGACUUAUCCUUAUCUGACCAGACUGGCUGGCCUGGAGUCAGCCACAGUCAGCUGCAGCUCUCCAGUCCCUCCCUCUCUCCUUUCUAUUUAUAUUCAACCUAAUUUCACUCCAGGGCCAUUUCUUUUUCCACUGACGACUUCCCCUGUCACUUUUUGCCCCUUUUCUUCUACUUCAUUUCUGUCUUUCUUCCUCAUACACCUCCCAUAUUUGAUGGCUGGGCUUAUGGAGGCCUUCCAGUGGGGGUAUGGUUGACACCUUCAUUACCACCAUUUGUGCGUUUAUUUCCAAUUUCCUCCAUGCUGUGUGGAGAAUGUUAGUGUCCGAGCCGGCUGGUUUGGCAGUGCUAUACGAGGAGCAAGGCCCAUUUUUUAGGGAGUUCAUGGAGGACUUGAACUCCACACAACUGGCAGUCAAACAGCUGAAGCAACAGUUCCGGGAUGCCCUGCAGGCCAACAAUGUCCAGCAGGUCCUGCAGAUUCUGCACACUGGGAAACUAGACAUUGACACUGUGCUGGAGGUGGAGGAUCCCAGCAUGGUACUGGCCUCAUACAAACAAGGUUAUUGGCUCCCAGGCUACAAACUGGAGAAGUCCUGGGCGAUGGGUAUUCAUGUAUGUGUGAUGUACAAUGCUCUGGAAACAGCACUGGUGCUCCUUCAGAAAGGUGCAGCCAUCAACCGGAUGCCCAAUGGGAAGACGCCACUGCACGUGGCCUGUGAGGUCUCCAAUGGCGACUGUGUUGCCUUGCUUUUGGCUCACGGGGCAAAGGUCAACAGCCUGUCACUGAGCGGACACACACCACUCCACUACUGCAUCACCAGGGAGUCUGUGGACUGUGCCAAGCAGCUCAUCCUCAAAGGUGCAAAAGUCAAUAUGCCCAGCCACAACAAUGAUGAGGACACACCUUUACACACAGCAGCCAGAUUUGGCGUCCCAGAGCUGGUGGCUCUCUAUUUAGCCCACGGAGCGCCUGUGGAUGCAGUCAACUCUCUCCAGGAGACUCCCCUGAUGACUGCGGCCUUCUGGGGUUUUGAUGCUAAAGAGCAAAUCUACAGCCAAAAUCACCAUAUUGUCUGUCGCCUCCUUCUGGACCACCAGGCAGAUCCGAACCUCCAAGAAGAGGACCAUAAAACAGCUCUUCACAAGGCAGCCUGGAACUGUGAUCAUGUCCUGAUGCAGAUGCUGCUGGAGGCCGGGGCAGAUACACGAGCCAUGGACAUCAAUGGCUGUGGCCCCAUACAGUAUCUCCUCAAAGUAACUGAUGUGAGGCCUGUGGCAAUUCCUGAGCUCUGCUAUCAGCUGCUGCUCAACUAUAAUGCAGCACGGAUCUAUCCACCCCAGUUCCACAAGGUGUUGCAGUCCUGCCACGACUACCCCAGAGCAGUAGAAAUCAUGGUCAACUCUUAUGAACGUUUAAAGCCCACAAAUAAGUGGAGAGCUGCCAUUCCUGAUGACUGCUACAAGCGACAUAAAGACUUCUACGAGUCUUUGUUUGCUGUUUGCACCAACACUCCUCGCAGCCUGCUUCACCUGACAAGAUGUGCCAUCAGAGCCACCCUGGGUGGGUUCUGCCACAGAGGUGUAGCACAGCUGCCUCUGCCAUCUCCCAUGAAGAAAUAUUUAUUACUGGAACCGGACGGGAUUCUGUACUGAUGAAGAGACUUCUGCAUGGGACGAUACUCUAAUAUGUAGCCUGAUGAUUUUAAUAGAAAAAUUCACUACCUCUCUGCAUACUAUGGAAAGUGAAAAUGCUUCUAGUUGGAGCUGGCACUAACAGGUUUUGUAUGGAACAUAAGAAAUCCCUCUUUAGAGUUUGACAGUACAGAAGAAGCUACAUGCAAGCUGUCUUUGCUGGAGUCGAACCGUAAUCACAUGAUUACUAUAAAACUGAUUUAAGGUGGUUUUAGGCUGGACAUGGCAGGAGAUGCCAUCCAACAAAUUCCAAAUUAUGAAUCAAUUGACUGUUCAACCAUAAAUAUACAGAGGUUUGAGGGAAAGGUGAGACAGUGGCAAUUUACUGAUGAAAAUUGCUGUGCUACUUUUAAUAAUAGUAAUGAUUUAUGGUGAUUGGCAAGUGAGGAUUUUUGUCUGCUGGACCGUAUGGAACCACCAUCUUCUCCCCACAACCUCUUUCUGUAAUCCUUGUAUUAUUUAUAUCUUUCUCCUUCUACAGAGGCCUUAUUUGUCUCUUUUAAGCAACAUGAGUGUCAGUAAAUAUCAUUUGUCUUUUGUGCAGUUAUUUUCCACCAACUUGUCAUUCAAUUACAGUGCUGCCUCAUACUUCAGAGGAUCCAAAUCUACCUGGCAACCUGCCUUAAUGCUCCCUCUUAAGCUCAUGCUCUUGUGAUACUCCACUAUUUGCAGAACAAACACUUGACAAAGCCCUCCAUAACAAGUGCUUGUUUUUCCAGUGGACUGCAUAUGAAGCCAUGUAAAUGGAUACAUGCUAAGUAAGGAAGCACAAAUAAUCAGCAAAAACAGUGAUUUUAACUUAAUAUCCUGGUCAAGUUUUUGCACGAUUUAUAAGAAUGUCCACCUUUAGUCAACACCAGAUGUUAUAUUUGAACUGCUUUCCAUCCUGACUUUUACUUUGAAAGAUAAUUUCACCAGUAAAUGCACUGUAGAUCGAAUGAAAGAUGAAAGACCACUUUGGAAAAUCUCUACAGAGUGUGACCUGGGCCUAUUAUUCCAGUCACAACAGCAUGCUGUAAUGGUGUGAGCAUCUCAGUCUAUUUUAUCCAGGUGUAAAGGAGAUAAUGCCAGUGUACUAUACAGGCUGCCUGGAGAGAGAGGUGCUGCUGAGUUAUUAGUGUCUUUGUUGAAGAGGAGAAAGUGAACCGGCAGCCCCAGGAAACAUUAAGAUUAAGGCUGCUCAGCUUUCAAUAAUGAAGGCUGAAUUAGGAUGGGAGAAAGGAAAUUAAGCUUACUUCUCUGCUCUUUUUCUUCACCUCCAAUCAUACAGUAUACACAGAUAGCAAGCAUGAGUGUUACUAAAAAGGUAUGACUAAGACAAACCAUAGUAGUUUUUUCCAGCAAACAUUUUGGAAGAAUGAUUAAGGAAAUGUCUGAGUUUGUUUUAUUUUAAAUAUUUGUAGUUUCCACAUUCUUUGAACAAUCCAAGUAUAUGGAGGUCUGAACUGUUCCAAAUAGUUUCAUUAUCUUUUCAUAAAAAGGAAUUAAAUGCCACUUUGAUCAGUGAGCUCACCAUCUUACAACAGUUGUUUGUAACUGUGGUAUAGUGUUGGUGUAAUCAUUAUAAAAUUAUGAACUUUAUGGCAGUCCAUAGGUCAUUCACAUAAACAGGUGUGUCUAUGCUGUGUGCUUAUACCUUAAUCAAAUAAUUAUAAUAAACUAUAUAUAAACAGUA